ACAUCACCAUCCGCAUCAAUCGCCAACUAUCCCGGCCUCAUCACUUUGCCGAUACGAAGAUCGUCCCCUUUCAAUCCAAUUAUAACGAUCCGUUCGAGUCGUGAAGCCGUUCAAAAUGUCUUACCAGAAGAACGACAAGGAUGUUCAGGAGCCGGCUAAGAGCCACAAGAUCCGCAUCACCCUUUCUUCUCGCAAGGUCCAGGUCCUCGAGAAGGUCUGCUCCGAGAUCAUCGACCGUGCCAAGAACAAGGACCUCCGCGCCAAGGGCCCUGUCCGUCUGCCUACCAAGUGCCUGACCGUCACUCCCCGCAAGACCCCUUGCGGUGAGGGUUCCAAGACCUGGGACCGCUUCGAGAUGCGCAUUCACAAGCGUCUCAUCGACCUCCACGCCCCCACUGAGGUCGUCAAGCAGAUCAUUGUCAACAUCGACGCUGGUGUCGAGGUUGAGGUCACCAUCGCUGCUUAA